GUAUAGUGUAGAUCUGUGUUCGUAGUUGUUCAUUGAAUAGUAUAAUAUUAUGUACGGCUGCUGUUGACUUCAAUUAUAUUCUUUAAAAAUUAUUCACAAUGAAAAAUAUUCGUCAGUUUCAAAUUCAUUCUAUAAGAUGGCGAUCGACAGCUACUGCACCACACGUCUCCGCGGGAUCACCUGAAGACCUAGAAACGACUAAUGAUCUUAUCUCGGCCAAACACUAUAGUCAGGUUCCAGGACCCAUGCCAUGGCCAAUUAUAGGGAACACUUGGAGAAUGUUACCAAUCAUAGGCCCAUAUCAGAUAUCAGAUUUGGCAAAUGUUUCCUACAUACUGUAUAAACAAUACGGGAAAAUAGCAAAAUUAGGCAAUCUUGUUGGUCGACCAGACUUGCUAUUUGUUUACGAUGCUGACGAAAUAGAAAAGGUGUAUAGACAAGAAGGCGAUACUCCUUUUAGACCUUCUAUGCCGUGUUUGGUUAAAUAUAAAAGUCAGGUUCGAGGACAAUUUUUUGGAAGAUUACCGGGUGUCGUCGGAGUGCACGGAGAGCCGUGGAGAGAAUUCAGAACUAAAGUACAAAAGCCUGUUUUACAACCACAAACUGUUAAGAAAUAUAUUCAACCAAUUGAAGAAGUUUCCGACUAUUUUAUAAAACGGAUGCAAGAAAUGAAAAAUGUAAAUUCUGAAAUGCCAGAUGACUUUGAUAAUGAAAUUCAUAAAUGGGCUUUGGAAUGUAUCGGUCGUGUGKCAUUAGACGCAAGGCUAGGUUGUCUAAGCCCUGAUUUACCGAAAAAUUCAGAGCCACAGAAAAUAAUCGAUGCUGCUAAAUACGCACUCCGCAACGUGGCCUUAUUAGAGCUCAAGUAUCCGUUUUGGCGAUACUUGCCAUCCACACUCUGGAAAAAAUAUGUUUCAAAUAUGGAUUAUUUCAUUGAAAUUUGUAUGAAGUACAUUGACGAUGCAAUGUUGAGAUUAAAAAAUAAAUCACAAUCGGUGAAUGAAAACGAAUUGUCGUUGGUAGAGAGAAUUUUGGCUAAUGAACCUGAUCCAAAAACUGCAUACGUAUUGGCGUUGGAUCUGAUUUUGGUUGGGAUUGAUACGAUUUCGAUGGCUGUAUGCUCAAUGCUAUAUCAAAUCGCCACACGACCAGAAGAACAAGAAAAAAUAUAUCAAGAAAUACUGACAAUUUUACCAAAUAAAGAAGAUAAACUCGACGCAAGUAAAUUAGAAAAAAUGGUUUACUUGAAAGCGUUUAUCAAAGAAGUAUUACGAAUGUAUUCAACUGUGAUAGGUAAUGGUAGAACCCUUCAAAAGGAUAUGGUGAUUUGUGGAUACAGAAUACCGAAAGGUAUUCAGUUAGUUUUUCCAACAAUUGUUACGGGAAACAUGGAGGAAUACGUAACGGACUCUAAACACUUUAAGCCUGAAAGGUGGUUGAAACAAUCGUCAGAUUAUAUUCAUCCAUUUGCUUCGUUACCUUACGGGCAUGGGCCAAGAAUGUGUUUAGGAAGAAGAUUUGCUGACUUAGAAAUGCAAGUCUUUUUGGCAAAGUUGAUACGGUCGCAUAAACUUGAGUAUUUGCAUAAACCAUUGAAAUACAAAGUAACAUUCAUGUACGCACCUGAUGGCGAACUUAAGUUCAAAAUGACUGAGAGGCCUACGUCGUAACAAAACCAACAAAUCGACAAACAAUUUCAUAUGGACAAAAACUAAGAAAACCUUUUUUUAUGUUAUAGUUUAUUUUUAUUACCUUUUUAUUAUUAUGUUUAUUAUAUUGUAACUUUUGCAGAUUUAUCGUGCUAUUAAAUGUUGAAUUGGAUAAUGGAUUUAAAUUAAUAUCCACAGCCUUAU